CUAAAUACAGCUUAUUAUGGCCCUACCGUCUUGUUUUAUUUCAGUUGCAAUCAAGCUACGGACCAAACAAAAUGGCUUCGUAUGUUGUUGUUGGCGUCCUGUUUAUAUGUGUAUAUCUACACGAAGUUAGUGCUGGUGUCUUUCGAGAUGAAGAUACAUAUCCUGGAUCAGUAGCUGCUGGAUAUCUGGGUAAAAGAAACAAAAACUUAUAUCAAGGACCACCAAGAUAUCAAACUAAAGACGCUCCUGUACUUGGCAGCUGGUGGCCAAACAGGCGUUCUGCGACAAGAAGCUUGAGUGAAAUCGCGGCCGACGAACUGACUAAAAGAAUUGCUGAGUUAUAUCCAUCAAUUGGUGCAGCAUAUUGGGGUAAAAGAAGCAAAGAGUUCUAUCCGUCAGUUGCUCAAUCAUACUGGGGGAAGAGGAGUGAAGAAAUUCCGAUGUUGGGCAGUCUAUGGCCAGGAAAAAGAUCAAGCAUGCCAUCUUGGCAACAUCGCUGGUGGCCUGGGAAAAGAUCGGAGUUAUCUCCAUCAGUUGGUGCAGCAUAUUGGGGUAAAAGAAGCGAAGAGCUCAAUCCUUCAGUCGCUUCUGCAUAUUGGGGAAAAAGAAGCGAAGAGCUUUAUCCUUCAGUCGCUGCAUCAUAUUGGGGCAAAAGAAAUGAAGAGUUGUAUCCAGGAUCAGUCGCUGCAUCAUAUUGGGGAAAAAGAAGUGAAGACAUGCCACCAUGGCAACAUUGGCCUGGAAAGAGAUCUGAAUUAAAGAGCAAAAACGAUGAGGUGUUGAAGUUGCUGUACGAGUACGUGAAGAAAGAACUUAAGCAAUGAAUGCAAACGAGAGAGUUACCAUCCCAUGACAUGCUGGCCACGUAACCAUGUGAUCACGAACCUGCGACAUUUCUGAUUUACUUAAAUCUUAACGAACUAGCUAUUUAAAAAGAAUUUACUUUUUUUUGACUCUCAUGUCUUUAGAAGCGUACAAAUGUUUAGCACCGUAUUAUUUUACCUCAUCAAGGUAAUUCUUAGACGUAUAAAACUUUUAGUUAACCGUAAGAUAACCAUUGCAGUAUCUAUUUACACGAAAUAGAGAUAAUAAAAACCCACACAAAAAAUUAGGAAAGUCGGAUUUAUUAAAAGUUUUAUUGUCUUCAUAAACGAAUACAAGAUUAUUGUAAUAAUUAAUUAUCAAAAAGGUACUACGACGA